AUGGCCGAAAAUGUUGUUGAAGUUAUGCAGAGACCAGCACUAAGUUAUUUUAUGACGGUUCACGUGAAAGGAGAGGUCGAGGCCGAGGUCGAACGAGAGUUCUAUAGAGAAUACAAAAAUGAACUGGGGAAUGUUUGGCGCCUGUAUGACUUCAACUACAAUUCCAAAUGUGUGAUCUUUGAGGUUGAGUUCAGCAACUAUGAUGAUGUACCCAAAAUCACCAAUGGUUGGAUGACUUUAAGAACCUACUACGAAUUCGAUUCUCAUCAUCAGAUUUUUUUCAAAUACUUGGGAACAAAUCAAUUCCAGAUCAUUCCAUCGUUUAACCGAAUAACUCCGGACCAAUUCCCUACUUGGCACAGCAAAUCACGAUCUCUCCGAAAAGCUGUUUCAUUCACAAUGACCAUUACAGAGGAUGCUGAAAUUGAUCCAGAAUUGACGUUACCGAGGGAAAUGGGGGAAUACUUGUGGUACACAAUGUUGGAUGAGGUUACCAUGAUUGGAGCAAAUGGAGAAAAAUAUAAGUGUUCGUUGCGUUAUCAGAGGAACCCGUUCGUCGUUACGAUUUGGAGGGGUUGGCCGGAGGUUGUGGGAAUCAAUGGAUUUAAAGUUGGAGAUCGUAUACAAUUCAAUACAUACAAUAUCUAUGAGGACCAUGCUAUGACGGUGAGGAGCAUAAGUUGA